AUGAACAAACAUGGUCGUGUUGUGGAUCUGCAGAGCGGGCUCCCCUCACCCUGUCCACGAGACCCCCUCCUCAGUCCUGAGUCACACAUGGAUGUUCAGGGGUAUAAGUGGGUGCGUUGGCGGGUGUGGUUGUGUCGUCUGGGGGCUGUGCUGUCGUUGGGCUCCCUCCUGAUUCUGUUUCACUGGAGGCCUCGGCUUGGUGUCCUCGCCCGCUGCCGUUCCUGCCCGCUGGCUUUGGCAGAAGUUCUGCUGCUAAGAGACGGUUCUGGCGGGCAGCAUGUGGUAAAGGUGCAGACAGUGGAGAUGGAGGAGGGCAGUUUGGAGAUGUUGGGACAUCAGGAGGAGGCUGAGUGGAGAGAUACAGUUUAUCUGCACAAAAACGAGAAAACGCUGCUGCACUACUACCUGUUUGAAGGGCUGCGUUAUGUUUGGCUGGACAGGAAGGGGUCUUUCUGUCGUGUCAGUGUCCUCAAUGAGGACUGGACUUGCAAAGACUUGCACAGUUUCCAUAAGGGCCUGAGUCCUGGGGAGCAGAGCAUGAGGAGAUCCAUGUUUGGAGACAACCUUAUUGAUGUGCCUGUGAAAUCGUACAGGAGGCUUCUGAUUGACGAAGUCCUCAACCCGUUCUACAUUUUUCAAGCGUUCAGUAUUACCCUGUGGAUCAUUGAUGAUUAUUAUUUUUAUGCCCUAUGUAUAUUUAUUAUCUCCAUUAUCUCCAUCAGUGUCUCACUUUAUGAAACUCGUAAGCAAAGCGUCACUCUACGCAACAUGGCUCAGUUUAUAACAAGCGUUACAGUUCGCAGAGAGUCAGGAGAGGAAGACAGUGUGAGCUCAGUGGAGCUGGUCCCUGGCGAUUGUCUAAUUAUCCCUCAGGAAGGUCUGCUGCUGCCCUGUGACGCCGCCCUGCUGGCUGGGGAGUGUCUCGUCAACGAGAGCAUGCUCACAGGUGAAAGCGUUCCUGUGCUGAAAACCUCGCUGCCAGCUGAUGACCGGACCUACAGCUCAGACACUGAGCGCAGACACACUCUUUUUUGUGGUACUCACAUCAUUCAGGCCAAAGGAGGGAGGCUCGGAGGCGGCGGUGCUGUUGCCGUGGUAACAAGCACUGGGUUCUUCACAGCUAAAGGUGACCUGGUUAGCUCCAUCUUGUACCCUCAGCCAAUGAACUUUCGUUUUUACAAAGAUGCCAUGAAGUUCCUUCUCAUUCUUGGUUUCAUUGCUCUAACCGGCACCAUUUACAUCUUUUUGAUCCUCCUCAAAGCCAAUGUGACCUGGAUGCAGUUAGUUAUUAGAAGCCUGGAUAUUGUGACCAUAACGGUGCCUCCUGCCCUGCCUGCUGCCAUCACCACAGGAACCAUUUACGCCCAAAGCAGGCUAAAGAAGUGCAAUAUUUUCUGCAUUAGUCCACCACGCAUCAACAUUUGUGGCAAGGUGUCGGUCUUUUGUUUUGAUAAGACAGGAACUUUGACAGAAGAGGGUUUGGAUGUGUGGGGAGUGGUGGAGGGAGGAUCUGCUGGUUUCUCAGAACUGGUCCCAGACCCCAAACUCCUGCCUCCAGGUUACAUGCAAUCUGCCCUGGCCUGCUGUCACACUGUCACACUUCUGCGAGGUCAGCCUCUCGGAGACCCUCUGGAGCUCAGAAUGAUCGAGUCUACUGGCUGGACUCUCCAGGAGCCAGAGGGAGAUGGAGAUGUUGUACAGGCAGAAUAUGGAGGUCACAAAGUUUUGACCGUCAUGAGAUCUCCAAUUCAAAAGCUUCAUUUUUAUGGACACGCCUCAAGUGAAGCAGUGGCCAUUGUUCAGAGGUUUCCAUUCUCCUCGGCCCUGCAGAGGAUGAGCGUGGUGACGGUGGCCCACGGGGGGCGCUCUGCUCGGGCUUUCGUCAAAGGUUCCCCAGAGAUGGUGACCAGUCUCUGUAGAGCUGAUACAGUGCCACCAGAUUUCUCCAGCACACUGCAUACGUUCUCCAGCGAAGGCCUCAGGGUUCUUGCACUCGCCUGUAAACCAGUAGAUGUGAAUUCUGACUUGAUGAAUAUGAAACGUGCCGAUGUAGAGAAAGACCUGCAGUUCCUGGGCUUACUCAUGAUGAAGAACCUUGUAAAACCUGAAAGUGCAGAAGUUAUUAACAUCCUAAGGCUGGCACAAAUUCGCAACAUUAUGGUCACUGGAGACAACAUUUUAACAGCUGUUAAUGUAGCCAGGAGCUGUGGGAUGGUGGGAUCUGAUGAAAAGGUGAUUUUUGUCAUCGCAUCUCCCCACACGACUCAGUCCUGGCCCACUUUGAGGUUCAGCCUAGAAGAGGAAGUUGCUGCCCAGUGGUCCGCAGAGGUCAUGGGUCAGAGUUUGUAUCAGGGAGGUUUUGACUAUCAUCUGGCGAUUAAUGGCAAGUCCUUUGCCGCCCUUUGUGACCACUUCCCUGAAUACCUUCCAAAGGUUUUAAUGAAAGCCACCGUAUUUGCGCGCAUGUCCCCAGACCAAAAAGCUCAACUGGUGAAGGAGCUGCAGAAACUGAACUAUCGAGUAGGCAUGUGUGGGGACGGGGCCAACGACUGCGGGGCCCUGAAAGCUGCUGAUGUUGGAGUUUCCCUGUCUGAGGCCGAAGCUUCAGUCGCUUCACCUUUUACUUCCAAGACUGAAAACAUCAGCUGCGUGCCGCUGCUCAUCAGAGAGGGCAGAUGUUCUCUGGUCACAUCCUUCAGUCUCUUCAGGUACAUGGCGUUGUACAGUCUCAUUCAGUUCAGCUCCGUCCUCAUCCUAAACACAGUGAGGACAACUUUGGCUGACUUGCAAUUCCUGUUCUUCGACUUGUUCUUUGUGACACUGCUGGCCUUGUUUAUGGGAAAAGGAGGCCCCAGUGAGGAGUUGUACCCCAGCAGACCUCCAGCCAGUCUGCUGUCCCUGCCUGUGUUCGGCAGCCUCUUCAUUCACACCUGCCUGAUUGGUCUGGGCCAGCUGUCUGCAUUCUUCAUCACCAGAAUGCAGGAGUGGUAUAUCCCACUCAAUUCAACAGUGUUUGGAAAAGAAAAUCUUCCCAACAUGGAGAACGCCUGUGUGUUUAACUUGUCCGGUUAUCAGUAUAUCUUUAUAGCAGUGGUGGUCACCAAGAGUUACCCUCACAAGAAGCCUCUCUACCACAACGUGGUCUUCCUGUGCAUCCUGUUAAUCCACUUUGCUGUGAUGACCUGGCUGGUGUUGUAUCCAGGUCCCUUCUUCAGCCAAGUACUUGAGUUGUACAACUUCACCGAUAUGAACUUUAAGAUGCUGCUCGGUGCUGUGGCAGCUCUCAACUUCCUGAUUUGUUUUGUUGUGGAAUUGCUGAUAGAUUUGGGUUUGUUGAACUGCCUCCGUCUGCUGCGUGGAAAGCGUCAGUCGAAAAAGCAGUACAAACGUCUGAAUGCCCUUCUGUCUGACUCCACAUCAUGGCUGCCACUAAAUCAAACUCUGACCCCCAGAGAUCACACAGUCAUCAAUUUCACCUAACAUCUACCUGACCCUCUGCUGGACUCGUCUGGUCUUAACCAGAACAGUGUCUGACCAACAAUGCAAAGCCAUGUUUACCUUACUAUAAUAAACUAUUUUUAUAUUG